AGCAUUACAUUUUUUUUCGGUCCUCGGUGCAGAGUGAAAACGAAAAAUUUCCAGUGGACAUUGUGGCAAUUGAUUUGGAAAAGUUAAAAUUUUGGAAGUGCAAGCGCUGCUCCGCCGCCAAGAAGCAUUCAAAAUACCCCGUUUUCGCCAGAGGUAUGAGCGAUAGGAAAAUCAAGAAAGACGAAACUAACAAGGAAAUCAUCAGUAUGAGUGAAGCUGCUGGAUAUCUGGACCGCUUUGUCGGCGAUGUCAGUAAGAAAUCUGCCACCAAACAGAUCCUUAUCGGUGCUGGAAGUGGAUGGGCAACCGGAUAUAUCACAAUGAAGGUCGGGAAAAUGGCAGCGAUUGCCGUCGGUGGCGGAAUCAUUUUGCUGCAAAUUGCCAACCAGCAGGGCUAUGUUCAAAUCGAUUGGAAUAAAAUUCACAAAAAGGUAGACAAGGUGACCGACAAAGUCGAGGAAGCCGUCACCGGUCAGGGACCGAGUUGGGCUGACAAGGUAAUCAAGAUCGCCAAAGAUAAUACCUAUCUGGCCACAGGUUUCUUCGGUGGAUUCCUGAUUGGUAUGGCUUCUUCCUAAUUUUCCACGACAUUUGCACACACCUACACAAACCGAAUCUGCAGGCCAGCCAAUUCAAGUCACUACUCGGCUGCUGCUGCUUCUAUCAGAGGCAGAAGAGUAGCGAAUAUCAAAUCUUCAAAACAAAAAAAAAAGCGACUAGAAAUGUUUAUAGACUGAACAGGAUUCUUGAAAAGUUUGAUUAACAGAAUCAAAAUUUCAACAGAAGCAAAUUACAGAGAUCUACGAGGGAGAAAAGAUAGGGAAACACAUUUUCUCAUCUCUGAAUUACCGAAUGCGAGAGUGUCGCUAUGCAAUGCAAAAUAGUUCUUAGAGAGGUACGAUUAAUUUCAGUUGAAAUUAUGUCCAAUUCCUUAUUUUCAAUAAAUCUUCUUAUCGGUGAUAAGACAAAUCUUCA